AUGCCAGUACUGCAUUUGAAUGUGAUGUUAUGGAAAGCUCUUCUUCCGCCACAUGUAUAUUUUUUCUGGGUUUCUCAGGAGCUUUUGAGGAAACUACAGUCCAUAUAUUCAUCUGUCACCAAUUCAUCCCAAAAUUCUGUAUCAAAUGAGCUUUCAGAUGAAUUCUUCUCAGGGGACCAAGAACAGUAUAAAGCACACCACACAGAUGUUGAAUAUAAGUACCUUUCCGCGAGGAUGAGUAUCACAGCAAAAGAUGAUGACAUUGUGAAGAUAUCUCGACAAAGAGCUCCAUGCUUCUGGUGGUUUCGUAACAUCAGGUUAAAGUUAGGCAAUACUCAAAUUGAAGGUUUCGCACUCCUGGCUUCUCUCCUGUUGCUUAUAUACUAUUUCGCAAGGAGAAAACAGGCCACGUUGAAGAGGUAA